AUGGACAGAGAGAAUAAGCUGCAAAAUUGCUGCAAAGACGUGGAUGUUGAUGGUAGGUAUAUUGAUUUAAAGGAAAUAUUAGGUGCAAUGAAGGCCCCGGCACAUUUCUAUCGACUGAAAAAGCUUACUGGAUCAUCUUCCCCUACAGAAAGGUUCUACAAGGCUUGCCCUAAAUCUCCCAGGAUCGGCCUAUCAGUUCCUGCAGAGAAGGAGAAUGAAAAAGUUGGGAAUGGUUCACCCUCUUCUCCUACCAAGGGGAAAAGGGGAAGGAAAGGGUCCCAGAUUAUAGCAAAUAAAAAGUAUCCCCUGAGAUCUGCACAUAGUAGUACCAGGGUGCUUCGAUCUACUUCAAAAGACAAGAGUAAGACGCCUAAUGAGCCAGUAAGUCCAUUGAGAUCCGCUCAUAGUAGUCCCAGGGUUCUUCGAUCUACCCCUAAAAACAAGAGCAAGACACCUAAAAAGCAAGUAAAUUCAUUGAGGUCCGCACAUAGUAGUGCCAGGGUGCUUAGCUCUACCUUGAAGAAAAAGGUACCUAAUGAGCCAGUAAACGACAGUACUGCUGCUCAACCAGCUGCCAGGAAAAGGAAAAGAGGCAGGCCCUCAAAUGCAGCUAGUCCCAAGAAUGAGUGCAUCAAAAUUCGCCAGCGAGUUAGAUACAUUUUGAAUCGAAUGAACUACGAACAAAGUUUCAUUCAAGCAUACGCUGGUGAAGGUUGGAAAGGUCAAAGUUUGGAAAAAAUAAGACCUGAGAAGGAGCUUGAGCGAGCCAAGGCAGAAAUCUUGCGAUGCAAGUUAAGAAUUCGGGAAGCUUUUCGUAAUAUGGAUUCUCUUCUAUUGGAGGGGAAGCUUGACGAAUCUUUGUUUGAUUCUGAGGGAGAAAUAUCUAGUGAAGAUAUUUUCUGUGCCAUAUGUGCUUCAAAGCAUGUUACACUAAAAAAUGAUAUCAUUCUUUGCGAUGGAGGGGAUGAAGGAUGGCUUUGCCCUGCGUGCGAUUGCAAGCUAGAUUGUAUUGAUUUACUAAAUGAACUCCAAGGGAGCACACUUGCUAUGCAUGACUCAUGGGAGAAAGUUUUUCCUGAGUCAACUUCAAAUGGCUUAAACCAAAUUGGAGCAUCUGAUCUUCCAUCCGAUGAUUCAGAGGAGGAUUAUGACCCUACUUUAGCUGAAGGGGACACGGUAGAUGAAAACAAAUCAUCUGCAGAGGAUGGGGACGAAGGAUCAGAUUCUGAUGACCUGGAUUUUAUUACAUCAUCCGAUGAGUCUGAACCUUCAAAGAAGAAAAGGUCUGAAUCAAAGAACAAAAAUACCGUCAAUGACCUUGCGUUGCCUUCGGAUGACUCAGAGGAUGAUGACUUUGAUCCAGAAGGUCCAAAUUCCAGUGAAGACCAAAAGACCAAAACAAACUCAGACGAGUCAGACUUCACAUCUGAUUCUGAUGAUUUCUGUGCUGAGAUUUCUAAAUCUUCUGGCAAGGAUAAAGUUUCGGCACCUUCAUUCUCAGACCAAACUAAUGGAGUGGACAUUAUGGAAGCAGAGCUAGAGCAAGACUCUGUGCUACCAGCUUCAAAUAGGCGACAAGUUGGACAUUUGGAUUACAAAAAGCUUUAUGAUGAGGCUUAUGGAAAAGAAACCACUGAUUCAAGCGAUGAAGAAGAGUGGUCUGGACAUAGCCCAAAUGGAAAUCCAGAAGACAGUGAUACAGAUUCAUUUGCUGGACCACUUAAGCCGGCAAAAACCAGAAGAGCACGAGGUGGGCGCCAGAACAAUGAGCGUACUCCACAGAGUGAACGGCACAGCGUUAUAUUGGUGCUGAAAGUUUAUAUCAGUUGCAUUCUAAAUUAUGUCAUUGGCACUCCAUUUCUCUUGCAGAAGCUCAAGGCAUAUUUCGAAAAAGAACCUUAUCCUAGUCGCCCAGCAAAAGAAAGUCUGGCACAAGAGCUUGGCCUGACAUUCCAUCAGAUCACUAGAUGGUUUUCUAGUACUCGUCAUUACUCAAGAGUUAGUGCUGCCAAAAAAGGGAAGCGUUUAGAAAACUAUACUGCUGAGAACAACGAUGGCAUUGCUGCGGAUAGCAUACAACAGAGAGAACCCAAUGGCAGUGUAUUGGGCAAACCAAAUGUAGAUAGAAACGGUAUUGUUUCGGAGGAAAGGAUGGCGCAAAAAAAUCUUGAUGAAGGUGAGAGAGAAGAUACUCCAUUCAGACAACAUAUCAGCUGUGAGCAGACACUAGAUGGGACUCCUCCUGCUAACAAACACAACACUGCCAACUCGAGGAAUGACACCUCGAGGAAUGCAGAAGAUACCCCACUCGGACAAGAUAUUGGCUGUGAGCAGACCGUGGCUGCUGUCAACCAAAACUGCACUAUCGGCUCGAGCAAUGUCGGCUCACCGAAAGGUGCGCCUGGAGGAAACAAGCGCCUUAAGAACUCUCCAAGGAGUGUUGGAAGCCCAAGACGUGGGUCUGCCGAGAAGAACAUUCCUGGGCUAGAACAUGUAGACGAGGCAAGGAGGAAGGCUAUACUGCGGGAGCUGAGGAAGAUGAAGGCCGCAGGCAGAUGUCGCCUCGGCGUUGUCAUGGAGCUCUUGACCGCGGCGACGAGUUGCAAGGCAGAGAACGUCAUCCGAAGAGAGCGGCAAAGGAAGCAACACCAGCAGAAAGCGACAACGAAGGAAGUUUCGACCAAGGGUAUUGUGGAUGUCGAGGAGGAUGUGUCCCCUCCGCUGAGCCCGGUCGCCCCAAGCCCAUCCAUCCUACCACUGACAAGGAAGCCGACGUUUGCCCCGCCUGCGAUUGACAACGAUCCGAUAGCCGAAUGGGCAUUUUCGGAUGUAUUUACGCAAGUGUGCGACUUGCUGCAAUUCCAAAGGCCAUUGUUAGAUGAAAUUGAAUGGCCAACCAAAGUGGGUACAACCUGUGAAGAGCUCAAGACUGGUAACAAGAGGUUGAAGAAAACUGAUGGCUCAAGCUCCCACCAAUCCAUUGGAUUGGAUGAUGAAGAGGAAGAAGUUGUAGGGGAGAUUGGACGAGCCAUCAUGCUAAUGAAUAACCCACAACUGAUAGGAAAUAAAGAAAAUAGAGUUGGAGAAGAAAGAGAUGUGACUCAGAUGGGAGCUCAAGAAGGCCCGUACUUUUGGAUCAAUAGAGCUCGAGAAGGAGAGGUUGCAACUUGCUCGAGAGAUGGAGGAUUCGAUGAUAAUGUUGGAGGACGCAAGCCUCCUGGAUGA